AUGGCUUCAGCCUUUCCUAAAUUGCCUGGCUUUGUACCCACCCAAGAAUUAGAUAAACCCAACUUCAGAAAGGUGUCAGCUGCCAAACAGGAUCAAAACAGAGAAAUUAAACAACUGCCAAACAAAGAAUAUCCAGUUCCUCGCAAGUAACCAACACAAGUGCCAUCACAAACAGGAAUGUUCAACCCCGAUUAUUUGAGCACUACUCAUGCUAUGCAUUUGCCAAAGAAUUCCAACAAUGAUUCAGAAGAGCUCUACCAACCCAGUUGGGUCAAGAUGGACAGACACGUUCUCAGAUUCAGUGGCUUCUUCAAAGAGGCUGUUGUUGAGUCAGCCCUUGAAAAUUACAGAAUUCGCAAACUAACUAUAUUUUACUAUUUGGAAGACCAUUCAAUUAGCAUUACCGAACCUAAAUAAGAAAAUAGUGGUGUUCCCUAGGGAGCCUUCCUUAAAAGAUAGAAAGUUCUAAGGGCUGAUGGUUCAAAAACAUUCAUUAUCCCAGAAGAUUUUAGAAUCAAUUAAGACAUUGAGAUAUUUGGCAAAACCAUUAGACUCUACGAUUGCGAUCAAUAUACUAGAGAGUUUUAUGAGGGUAUUGGACAACCCCAAGAGCACUCCUUCACCCCAUAAUCCGAUUCAUUUGAAACUAAGACCAUGACUAAAUAUAUUCCCCAGAAGGAUACCGUCAUGAAAGACUACUUGGAACAUAAAUUAGGAGGAGGAAGGGUUACAUCUCAAAAGCAAUUCUUAGAAAACGAUAGGAAAGUUCUUAAAUUCUAUGUGUUUUCCGAUAUUGAAUAUGUCUUGCAUUACUAUCUGGCUGAUGAUACCAUAGAAAUAAAGGAAAUUAAUUCAGCUAACUCAGGAAGAGUGCCAUUCCCCAUGAUGUUGAGGAGGUAGAAAUUACCACGAAAGUUCUCUCUCAAUCAGCCUGGAUAAACAUAUGCUGAAGAUUUCAUUAGACCUCAGGAUAUUCAAUUUGGAUAACCACUAAUCAUUUACAACAGAAAAUUUGUUAUUCAAGGUUGUGAUCCCUUUACAAGAUAUUAUUAUUAAGAAAAAUUUAAUGUCGAUUUCCCUUUGGGUGGAUAGGAAGAAUAAUAAAUGGAACAAAGAUCCAACAUUAUUAUUCCUCCUCAUAAUGGUAUUGGAGAUGAGUAGGAUUCCUUAGGAUACAUUUACAGAUUGUAACCAAUACCUCCCAAGAAGGAUUUCUUUAAAUGGGUUGAUAAUCAAGUGAAUCUUAGAUUUUUGGCCAUGUUCAAUACCACAAAACCUGAAGAUAAAGACAGAGUCUUUGUGAUUACUUAUUUCUUAAAUGAUGACAGUCUUUUAGUUUAUGAACCAACUGUUAGAAAUUCAGGCAUUCCAGAUGGCAAAUUUUUAGAGAAAAGAAAGUACAAAAACGCUUAUAAUAAUCAUGAGUUUUUCUCACCUAAAGAUUUGAUUGUAGGCAAUGAAGUCACGAUCAAUGGGUGGAAAUUUUAAUUACUUGAUUGUGAUGAGUUCACUAAAAAAUGGUAUGCUGAAAAUUUUAAAUGA